AUGGCGAGACUCAAUGACUAUGCUGCUCCAGCAGAGUCUGUUGAAGCGCUGAAACGGCGAUUCGUUCGCCAGAACCGCGAUAUCGUUCGAGUCAAUUCGAUGCAAUCUCUUCGCAUCCGCAGCCUGGAGUCUGAAGUUUCCCAUCUGCUGGCGGAGAAUGUGUCUCUACGGGAACAAAUCAUCAAUCUCACCCAGGAGAUCGAUCGCUACGAAUCGGCCAAGAAACUCCACGAAGGGAUUUACGACAUAAAGUCACGCCUGGACAGCAAACUGGCAGAAAUGACUAGCUUGGCGGCCGAACUGGGCAUGUUGCCUCGCAAAGUAGGCCGUUUGGCGGCUGGCAAGGCUGAGAAUGACGCCGAUCAACCCAAAGGGAUGGCAGUGGAAGCAAGGCCACGAGCUGCGGACGCCGAGUGUCAUACAAUGGACGAAGACGGGAGACUUCCCCCGAUUGUGGAGGACAAAUAUUACCCCCGGCGGACCUUGGAGCAACAAGAGAUCCAAGACCUCGUCGACAAUGAACCCAAUCUGCACUCCCCAGAACCAGACACUUCCAAAAAUGACGAACCAGAUGCCCCGGAAGAUGCGGAAAUGCAUCCAGUCAGUUCACCGUCUAUCCACCGACAGCAACAUGAUGUACCCCGCGAUGCGACCGCUCUACCUCCUACCCUAGAGACCCGCAAAAAGAAGAAAAAGGCCGACUUGUCUAGUCCGCUUUUCAAGCCACUGCAAGACGACCGAUUGGAGGCCUCGAUUACGCUACAGCCAAGGAGAUCAGGAUCCAAGCGCAAGUUCAGCCCAGAUGAGGAUGGGGUUUGGUCCGAGGUGGCCUCCGGCGACGACGAGUUCCAAUUCAGCCGCCCGAGUGGCAGUCCGUCCAAGAGGGCAGGAACCUUUGGAUUGACCAAUCAGCCUCUCUCGCCGGUCAAAGCAGCUAAGAGUAUAGAUCCAGAACCCGUCAAACCAGCCAUCACCAAUCGCAAGGUGCUGGAGCCAAAGAGUGCAAAUGCGAAUCUGAGCUCUCCCAGCAAGGUGCGAGCUUCUGUGAAAUCGGACCAAGUUUCAGAUCGUGGUUUGGCAAGAGCCGGUGCGAAUGAGAAUAUGCGGUCCCCGCAAAAGCCCAAAGUGCUUGACAUUGGCGAAGGGGAAUUCCUCAACCAAAAACCUCGAGUCGUCCGGCUUGGCGGUAUCUCUCAGAAGCCCAAACGCUCUGGCCGUGUCAUGGAACAAGAAGAGUCAGUCUUGAACGAGACCCCCGCUCCGUCAACGACAGACUCGCCCAGGUCAAAAUCUGGAGAACAAGAGUCCACCUCGGACGUGGCCAACGCUUCUCGGCCGUCCAGGCGUCGUGGGACCGUGAUCAGCUAUGCGGAGCCCAAUCUGCGAGCCAAGAUGCGGCGGCCAUCCAAAGGUUUCAUGGAUGCCGUGGCAGGGGCGGACUCUCGUCGGUCGUCCAGUUUCCAAAUCGCCCAGGCCGAUUCAACCUCGGGUGACGAGAUCAAUCCCACGCAGGCUCGCGACCGUCAUCAUUCGUCCAAGGCCGACGGUGCUGCCGACUCCACAUCUCGAGAUGAUUCCGAUCACCUGCAGUCGACCAUCUCUCGGCGCAGGCGCAAGGCCUCAUCCUCCGCUCGAGAUUCCGAAGGGUACUCCGAUGCUGGCUCCAAUGUGGACUCGUUCGACCUGAAGGAGCACCCAAGUACUCUCAAGGAGAAGACAAGCUCGAAAGGCUUGUCUCGAAGACAUUCUUCGAAUAUCAAGAGCGCGAGCGUCUCUCGCGAGUCCGCACGCCAUGACCUGGAAAUGGUCAGCGACAUGGAUAGUAGCUUCGAGGCCGACGAGGUCGCCCCAAGGCGAGAGACACGAAUCACGGCUCGGAGAAGGAGUAUGAUGGUGUGA